AUGGCUCAGGGAAGGGGCAGUGCUCGUGGCAGCAGCGCCGCCGUGCUGGCGCUGGUCCUCCUCUGCGUUCUCCUCCACGGCGAGUUCGCCGAGUCGGCGGUGUACACCGUCGGCGACCGCGGCGGGUGGAGCUUCAACACCGCCAACUGGCCCAAGGGCAAGCGCUUCCGCGCCGGCGACGUGCUCGUGUUCAGGUACAACGCCAAGGCGCACAACGUGGUGCCCGUGAGCGCGGCGGGGUACAGGUCGUGCAGCGCGCCCAAGGGCGUGAGGGCGCUCACCACCGGUAACGACCGCGUCACGCUGAAGCGCGGCGCCAACUACUUCAUCUGCAGCUUCCCAGGCCACUGCCAGGCCGGCAUGAAGAUCGCCGCUCACCGCUGCGGAAUGGGCAGUGCUCGUGGCAGCAGCGCCGCCGCCGUGCUGCCGCUGGUCCUCCUCUGCGUGCUCCUCCACGGCGAGUUCGCCGAGUCGGCGGUGUACACGGUCGGCGACCGCGGCGGGUGGAGCUUCAACACCGCCAACUGGCCCAAGGGCAAGCGCUUCCGCGCCGGCGACGUUCUCGUGUUCAAGUACAACCCCAAGGCGCACAACGUGGUGCCCGUGAGCGCGGCGGGGUACAACUCGUGCAGCGCGCCGAGGGGCGUCAGGGCGCUCACCACCGGCAACGACCGCGUCACGCUCAAGCGCGGCGUCAACUACUUCAUCUGCAGCUUCCCCGGCCACUGCCAGGCCGGCAUGAAGGUCGCCGUCACCGCCGCGUGA